AUGACACAUUCCGUUGAUUUCGACAACCCAGGCAAGACUGUCCUCAAGCCAGUAAAAUUAGCACACGUGGUACUUCGUACCAACAACUUCCUCCGUCUCUCAUCCUACUAUCAGACCUUUCUCCAAGCCCAAAUCAAUUUUGAAAAUGAUUUCAUGCAUCUCCUUACCUACGAUGAUGAACAUCACCGCAUUGGUAUAGUCAACAUGGACAUCGCCAACAAAGACCCAAAGACAUGCGGUCUUGAGCACAUCGCCUUCUCCUACUCAUCCCUCACCGACCUCGCCAUGUCCUAUCUUCAGCGGAAGGAAAAUGGUAUUGAGCCAUUUUGGUGCAUCAAUCAUGGCCCUACUACCAGUGUGUACUAUCAUGAUCCUGAUGGGAAUACGCUUGAGUUGCAGGUUGAGAAUUUUGAUACGUUGGAGGAAGCGGCGGAGUAUAUGAAGUCAGAGGCCUAUUUGACGAAUCCGCUGGGUGUAGAUUUUGAUAUGAUGGAUUUGAUCAAGAGGAUUAGAAGCGGGGAGAGUGAGAAGAGUCUGAAAGCGAGGCCGGCGAGCGGGCCACGAAGCUUAGAUACUGUCCCAGCUUAG